AAAAAGGAAAAUCUUGCACUAAUAAGCAACCACUUCCUCCAUUUUUAAGAUUCCAGGAGCUCUCCUUCAUCUUCCUACCUUUCCAGGUAGCAGACAUGCUUCGAUUAAACCUGUAUUGUUCCAUAGUCCCGAUUCCCAGACAGGCCAAGAUUGAUGUAAGAAGCUUCAGCUCAUUACUUGAGUAUAAAAGAGGUCAUGGAAGGAUGGGUGUCAGGCUCAGGGCCCUGAAAGAUGAGAUGGGCGGAGGCAAAGGUGGAGGAGCUCCAGGUCAGAGUUGGGAACCUGGAUUGGAAUUCGAGGUGCCUUUUGAGCAAAGGCCGGUGAAUGAGUAUUCAUCUCUGAAAGAUGAGAGUCUGUACUCGUGGGCUGAGCUGGGGCCUGGAUCGUUUUUCCUGCGACUUGGGGGACUAUGGCUGGUCACUUUCACAGUCCUGGGCGUGCCUAUUGCAGCAGCUAGCUUCAAUCCUUCAAAGGAUCCUUUACGCUUUGUUCUAGCUGCUGGUACGGGAACUCUUUUUCUUGUUUCGUUAAUUGUCCUAAGGAUUUAUCUGGGAUGGAGCUAUGUUGGUGAUCGGCUUUUAUCAGCAGUCAUACCAUACGAAGAAAGCGGAUGGUAUGACGGUCAGAUGUGGGUAAAACCACCGGAGAUCCUUGCUCGUGAUAGAUUACUGGGCUCAUACAAGGUCAAACCAGUCAUCAAGUUGCUGAAGCAGACGCUUGUCGGUACAGGAGCCCUGCUCGUUGCUGGAGUUUCACUAUUCAUUUUCGCUACGCCAGUAGAGGACUUCAUUAAGACGACCUUCGCCCAGAAAGAGGACCCGUCCGACGUUUCAGCCUCAAAGAUCAGCACAAAGUUCAACAUAAGGAAGGAGGAGCUGCUGAGAUUGCCAGUUGACGUGAAGUCCGAUGACGACCUAGCAGCGGCAGCAGCAGAGGCUGCUGAUGGCAGGCCGGUCUACUGCAGAGACAGGUACUACCGCGCAUUGGCAGGCGGGCAGUACUGCAAAUGGGAGGACCUGCUUAAGUGAUUAACAAAAAUGACAGCUAAAAGUUUUCACGGGUUCAUGUACAAGGUUAGGGACCCGUAUUUGGUGGAAGCAUCGAUGGAGCGUUUGAUACACAUGUAGGGGAAUAUAUAUAUAUAUAUAUAUAUAGAUGUAUCAGUGUUAGAAAGAAAUCCAAUUCCAAAGAUAAGGAAACUUCUUAAUUAAUUUUUGGAUAAAGAACAUCUGAAUUCUUGUAUCCCUCAGCAAUCAGUAUGGAUUUAUUGAAGAACA